AUGUUUGUUAAUAACUUGAUUGCUUUUGCUUUCUUUUCCCAGUGCGAACACGAGUCGCAGGAGCUUGUCGCUGAGGUAAAUGAACUCACUUCGCGGGUGGAGGAGGCCGAUGGGAAUUUCACGUUACAGAAUGAGUCUCUGAAGCGCCGUGACGCUGAGAUUGCCAGAAUGCGACAGGAAAUGGAGCAAAUACGCAAGCUGAGUGAUGAAAAUAUCGAGGCUCUUCGUCGACGCCACCAAAAUCAAAUUUCGGAAUUCACUGCUGAACGAGACGCCCUGAUUCGUGCGAAACACAAUAUCGGCUCACCGUUGCUCCAAAUAGUCGAUAAUGAGUUUUCUGUUAAGAAGUUUCCAAAGGGUUAUAAUCGAAGGGCUGAAAAGGAUCGCUCCGAGAUGGCAAGUCAGCUGGAAAAGUCCUUCUCAGAGGUGGAGCAGUCGGAAAAAGCUCGGGUAUGCUGGACAAGAUACUGCUAA